AGCUGUAAAAGUUCUCACAAAAAUGGAGCAGUUACCUCCUCAUGGAAACUCCUCAUCGCCUCACAGCUCAGCCAACAUUGAGCUUCUUUCUAGGACUGGCUACACAAUACUGGCCUUCAUCAUUGGUUCUUUCUCUGGGGCCGGGAUCAUCCUCAACGUUCUGGUGAUCGUGGUGACUGUGAAACAUAGACAGCUGAGACAACCGCUCAGCUACGCUCUGGUUAACCUGGCCAUAUGUGAUCUGGGCUCUGCUGUGUUUGGAGGCAUCCCCACAACAAUUACCAGUGCAAUGGGCUACUUCAGUUUGGGACGUGUGGGCUGUGUGUUGGAGGGCUUUGCUGUGGCCUUUUUUGGUGAGUUCGCCAGGAGAGAGGAUAAAUAUAGACUUAGUAAAAGGAAGUUCUGCAGCAUUUUCAAGGAGCUCAGAGAAGUAAUAGUUCAAAUUCUUCAUCGGGUCCAACUAUAGCGUCUAGUGAAAUCUUAAAGAGCCUGGAAAAUAUUGGAUAUACUUGAAAAGACAGAGAUAUGUAACACUUAUCACAUUUGUUGGCUUGACUUUUUAAUAAAUACUAUUCACUACACUGAAAUAUUAAAAGUACAAAUAGCUCAAAUUUAUUUGUAACUUGUGAAUAAAUGUACUGUGUCACUUUUCACUUCUGAAUUUGUUGCCAGUUGAUACAACAUUUGUGGUACCCAUCUUCUUUACAUGUCUUCUCUUCUGUCAGGUAUUGCAAGUUUGUGCACAAUAGGGGUCAUUUCUGUUGAGCGCUACCUUGUGGUGUGUUACCCUAUGGGUGCUGUCCUUUUCCAGACCAGGUACAGUAGUGACUAUCUAUUUUACUCUUGAGUAUUACACUAAGAACACAUAUGACGCACCUACUCUGUUUUCUUCAGACAUGCAGUUGCAGGAGUGGCAUUGUCCUGGGUGUGGUCGUUUGUGUGGAACACACCGCCUCUGUUUGGUUGGGGGAGUUAUGAGCUGGAGGGGGUUCAGACCUCCUGCGCACCUAACUGGUACAGCCGUGAUGUGGGGAACAUGUCCUACAUCGUCAUAUACUUCUUCCUUUGCUUUGUUGUUCCGUUCUCCGUUAUCAUGGUGUCCUACUCGAGACUCCUGUGGACCCUCCGCCAGGUAAGCAAUGGAAAUGUUCUGUGAAGAAUGAAAAUAUUGCAUGCUCUUUUUUAAAAAUUAUAACUAUCAUUUGCUUGUAUAUUGGUUUCCCAGGUGACCAAGCUGCAGGUUUCAGAGGCCGGUAGCAAAAACAGGGUGGAGACACAGGUAGCACGUAUGGUGGUGGUGAUGGUGAUGGCCUUCCUGGUAACUUGGCUGCCAUACGCCGCCAUGGCAAUGGCUGUUAUAUUGGACUCCAGCCUUUAUAUUGACCCUGUUAUCGCCACCAUACCGGUUUUCUUGGCUAAAAGCAGCACUGUCUACAACCCCAUCAUUUAUAUUUUCAUGAACAGACAGGUAAGCCAUCAUCCAGCAUAAACUUUUUUACAAAUGAUGCAUUAAAGGUGGUAGGUUUAUUUAGAGUGUUACUUUUAAGUGAGAUAGGAAACGAAACAUAAGCAAUUAUUGCACAACGCUGUGUUUGUGUUUACAGUUUCGAGGAUACGCUGUCCCCACUGUUCUUUGUGGAUGGAACCCUUGGACCUCAGACCCACAGUUUUCAGAGGGUGAGACCACCAUUGCCUCGGUCAACAAGAGCCAAAGAGUCUCACCCAAGGAAUCUUUAAAGGAAUAA